AUGGCCUUCCGUCUUCAAGUACUACAGACACUCACUAUUUCAUUUCUUCUUGGACUCAUCUACUUUCAACUUAAAGUGGAUCAAAAAGGUGUUCGUAAUUUUUCUGGAGCUUUUUUCUAUAUUGUGACGGACCAAGUGUACUCGGCCUCGAUGCCUGCUAUCAUUUCCGUACCUGUGGAGCUUCCCAUUGUGUAUCGAGAGCUAGAUGUGGGACUGUACCGUAUCGGCGCGUGGUUUCUCGCUAAAAAUCUGUGCGAAUUGCCAUCACAAGUCGCGUUGCCGAUUCUAAAUCUGGUGCCGAUCUAUUUCUUAAUUUUUGGAAUAUUCUAUAAUCCUGGUAUCCUGGCUUUUAUGCAGAUGCUUAUCCUGCUUAUAUCGAUUAGCAGUGCAUGUGUGGCAUUCGGUUACGCGGUAUCCUGUAUGUGUCGUCGAGUGGAUAUCGCUCCUAUCGUGGGGAAUAUAAUUAUCAUGCCGUUGCUGCUUCUAGGUGGCAUGUUUGUGGACCCCAAGCGAGUGCCCACCUUGUUCCGGUGGCUUGAGCUCGUGACGCCCUUCAAGUACGGAUACUUCGGCUUCAUGCGUGCAUUCUGGCGUAGUGUAGCCAACGUACCCUGCAAUUUAGAAGACAUAGCGGAAUGUACCCCCAUGUCUGGACAUGAUGUACUGGCGAGCUACAAUAUUCCAGAUCAGACAAUCUGGACUGACGUGUGGAGUCUCGUAGUGUUCUUUCGUCUUCUCGGGUUCAUAGCGCUCCACUUCAGUGUUCGUCACAAGUAA